UAAUUAUAACUUGCAUGCCUGCCUUUGCAACAAUUCCAUGGUAACAGACCAACAUAUUCAUAAAUUACCUGUUGGUCUGAAUUUCCUUCCAAAAAGCUACCACAUAUUCCUUCUGAAACCCUCAGUGUUGCCACAUUUGCCUACAAAAAUUUCGUUUGAAAAACCUAUCGGUCACUCUGAAAUGAUUACAGUGUACUGGAGCAUCCCGUGAUUUUCAAGAAAUGUAGCUCAUGUUCUCUGCAGAGAACCUGGCAGCAGGAGCCCUGGUUAGUCACAGCCAGGAUCUGUGCUCACCAAGAAAUGGCAGAGGAAUGGCAAAUUUGACAGAGCAGACAAGCAGAGAUUUUGAAUCUAGCCUUGAUGUGGGAAAAUCGAGAAGGAGGCUCCAUCAAUCAAAACUCAAUCUAAAAGUUAUGGUGAGAAUCUGCUGACACUGAGUGUUACUGUUGCACUGUGUGGGAUUUCAGAUCAUCCUCAUAACUACAAUGUCACAUUCUCAUGAUUUAUGUUAUUUUCUAGGUAUCCUGCAGUUCUACAUCAGAAGUGUUAGGGUGGAGAAGAGUGGGGAGGACGAUUAAAAGGAAAAGAAGCAGAAAACUAUUACUUCCAUCUCUGGUGCUGUGAAGUCUAUCAGUUUGUACAGCAGCCAAAAUGGCAUGGCUUCAAGAACAGACUUUACCUUCCAGUAGUGCCCUGCCUCGAGUGCGACUGACAAUGGAAUUAAUGAGGCACAGACAGUGGGAAAGGGGUACUCUGCCAUCAAUGUUUUGUUCUCACGCCAAAUUCCUGGACUAUAAAAAUCUGCCUUAUAAGCCAAGAAAAAAACACUUCCCUAGAAGGAUUUUCAAGUUACCACUUCAUGGCAAGAUGGAAAUAAAAAAGGGGAGGUCAUUUUGGAUCUUCUGCCUCAUUUGGAGUUUUUGCAAGGGGAAAGAACCAGUUCAGAUAGUCCAGGUCUCCACUGUUGGUAGGAGCGAGUGUACCACCUGGGGCAAUUUCCACUUUCACACAUUUGACCACGUUAAAUUCACUUUUCCUGGAACCUGCACAUACAUCUUUGCUUCUCACUGCAAUGACAGCUACCAGGACUUCAACAUCAAAAUCAGACGCAGUGACAAAAACAGUCACCUGAUCUACUUCACUGUCACUACUGAUGGAGUGAUCUUGGAGGUGAAAGAGACAGGCAUCACAGUGAAUGGGAACCAGAUCCCUCUGCCCUUCAGCUUGAAGAGUGUCCUGAUUGAGGACACCUGUACUUACUUCCAAGUCACCUCCAAGCUGGGUCUGACGCUGAAGUGGAACUGGGCUGACACUCUCCUACUGGACCUGGAAGAAACAUAUAAAGAGAAAAUAUGUGGUCUGUGUGGGAACUAUGAUGGCAAUAAGAAGAAUGAUUUAAUUUUGGACGGAUAUAAAAUGCACCCAAGGCAGUUUGGGAACUUUCACAAAGUUGAGGAUCCAUCAGAAAAGUGUCCUGAUGUGAGGCCAGAUGGCCACAGUGGAAGACAUCCUACAGAGGAUGACAAUAGAUGCAGUAAAUAUAAAAAGAUGUGCAAGAAACUUCUGUCUCGAUUUGGAAACUGCCCCAAAGUGGUUGCUUUUGAUGAUUAUGUAGCUACCUGCACUGAGGAUAUGUGCAACUGUGAGGUUAAUUCUUCUCAUUCUGAUUUGGUUUCCAGCUGCAUAUGCAGCACUUUAAACCAAUACUCUCGAGACUGUGUCCUCAGCAAAGGAGACCCUGGGGAAUGGAGAACCAAAGAGCUUUGCUAUCAGGAAUGCCCAAGCAACAUGGAGUACAUGGAAUGUGGAAACUCCUGUGCUGACACCUGCGCUGACCCGGAAAGGAGCAAGAUAUGCAAAGCCCCAUGUACAGAUGGUUGCUUCUGUCCUCCUGGAACUAUCCUUGAUGACCUCAGUGGCAAAAAAUGUGUUCCCAGAGACAGCUGUCCCUGUAUGUUUCAAGGCAAAGUCUACUCAUCUGGAGGGACUUACUCCACUCCUUGCCAAAACUGUACUUGCAAAGGGGGCCACUGGAGCUGUAUCUCUCUGCCUUGUUCUGGAAGCUGCAGUAUAGAUGGAGGAUUCCACAUAACUACAUUUGAUAAUAAGAGGUUCAGUCUUCAUGGUAACUGCCAUUAUGUCUUAGCUAAGAACACCAAUGACACAUUUGUGGUGAUUGGAGAGAUCAUCCAGUGUGGGACAUCAAAGACAAUGACUUGCUUAAAGAAUGUCUUAGUCACACUAGGAAGAACAACUAUAAAAAUCUGUUCCUGUGGAAAUAUCUACAUGAACAAUUUCAUUGUGAAGCUUCCAGUAAGCAAAGAUGGCAUCACCAUCUUCAGACCCUCAACAUUUUUCAUCAAAAUCUUGAGCUCAGCUGGAGUACAGAUUCAAGUGCAAAUGAAACCUUUGAUGCAGCUCUCCAUAACAGUUGAUCACUCUUAUCAGAAUGGCACAUCUGGUCUUUGCGGCAAUUUCAAUAACAUCCAGACUGACGAUUUCAGAACAGCCACUGGAGCUGUAGAAGAUUCAGCUGCUGCUUUUGGUAACUCUUGGAAAACCAGAGCCAGCUGUUUUGAUGUCGAGGACAGCUUUGAAGAUCCUUGUUCAAACAGUGUGGAUAAAGAAAAAUUUGCCCAACAUUGGUGUGCUCUUCUGUCUAAUACAAGCAGUACGUUUGCUGCCUGCCAUUCUGUUGUAGACCCUUCUGUGUACAUCAAGAGAUGUAUGUACGAUACCUGCAAUGCUGAGAAGAGUGAAGUUGCACUGUGUAGUGUGCUCUCUACUUACUCCAGAGACUGUGCUGCAGCAGGCAUGACCCUUCAGGGCUGGAGGCAGGGGAUCUGUGAUCCCUCAGAGGAGUGUCCUGAGACCAUGGUUUAUAACUAUAGCGUGAAGUACUGCAACCAGUCUUGCCGCUCGCUGGAUGAAGCUGAUCCGCUGUGUAAAGUUCAGAUUGCUCCUAUGGAGGGCUGUGGUUGCCCUGAAGGGACCUACCUCAAUGAUGAGGAGGAAUGUGUGACUCCAGAUGACUGUCCAUGCUACUACAAAGGCAAGAUUGUUCAGCCUGGCAACUCUUUUCAGGAAGACAAGCUGUUGUGCAAAUGCAUUCAAGGAAGAUUAGACUGCAUUGGAGAAACUGUCCUGGUAAAAGAUUGCCCAGCUCCUAUGUACUACUUCAACUGCAGCUCGGCGGGUCCUGGUGCCAUUGGAUCAGAGUGUCAGAAGAGCUGUAAGACGCAGGACAUGCACUGUUACGUCACAGAAUGUGUCUCUGGCUGCAUGUGUCCCGAUGGGCUGGUGUUGGAUGGCAAUGGGGGAUGUAUUCCCAAAGACCAAUGCCCAUGUGUCCAUGGAGGGCACUUUUAUAAACCUGGCGAAACCAUCAGAGUUGACUGCAACACAUGCACCUGUAACAAAAGGCAGUGGAACUGCACAGACAAUCCCUGCAGAGGAACCUGCACUGUGUAUGGCAACGGGCACUACAUGAGCUUUGAUGGGGAGAAGUUUGAUUUCCUGGGAGACUGUGACUAUAUCUUAGCUCAGGAUUUUUGUCCCAAUAACAUGAAUGCUGGCACCUUCCGAAUUGUAAUUCAGAACAAUGCCUGUGGGAAGUCACUCUCCAUCUGCUCCCUAAAGAUCACACUGAUUUUUGAGAGCAGUGAAAUCAGGCUUUUAGAAGGAAGAAUUCAGGAGAUAGCCACUGAUCCAGGAGCUGAGAAGAAUUAUAAGGUGGAUCUCAGAGGAGGUUAUAUUGUGAUUGAAACAACUCAAGGGAUGAGCUUCAUGUGGGACCAGAAGACGACAGUUGUUGUUCAUGUGACACCAUCUUUCCAGGGAAAAGUCUGCGGCCUUUGUGGGGACUUUGAUGGCCGCUCAAGGAAUGACUUCACAACCAGAGGGCAGUCUGUGGAGAUGAGCAUCCAGGAGUUUGGAAACAGCUGGAAAAUAACAAGCACCUGCUCCAAUAUCAACAUGACAGACCUGUGUGCUGAUCAGCCUUUCAAAUCUGCCUUGGGACAGAAGCACUGCAGCAUCAUUAAGAGUAGUGUCUUUGAAGCAUGCCACAGUAAGGUGAAUCCAAUACCAUAUUAUGAAUCCUGUGUUUCUGACUUCUGUGGCUGUGACAGUGUGGGAGACUGUGAGUGCUUUUGUACCUCAGUGGCUGCUUAUGCAAGAAGCUGUAGCACAGCUGGUGUCUGUAUCAACUGGAGAACGCCAGCCAUCUGCCCUGUGUUCUGUGAUUACUACAAUCCACCUGACAAACAUGAGUGGUUCUAUAAACCCUGUGGAGCACCUUGUCUAAAGACCUGCAGGAACCCACAAGGAAAAUGUGGAAACAUACUGUACAGUUUAGAAGGCUGUUACCCAGAAUGUAGCCCUGACAAGCCCUAUUUUGAUGAGGAGAGGAGGGAGUGCGUCUCCCUCCCUGACUGCACUUCAUGCAAUCCUGAAGAGAAGCUGUGUACCGAAGACUCCAAAGAUUGCCUUUGUUGCUACAACGGGAAGACCUACUCAUUAAAUGAAACUAUAUACAGCCAGACCGAUGGGACUAAGUGUGGUAACGCUUUCUGUGGCCCUAAUGGAGUGAUCAUUAAAACAUUCAUCCCCUGCAGUACACCAUUCGCACCAGCACAAGAACAACUUAUGCAACCUGUAACAUCCACACCACCGUUAUCAACAGUAGCCACUCCCUGUUUCUGCACUGACAAUGGACAAUUGAUACAAAUGGGAGAAAAUGUUUCUCUGCCAAUGAAUAUAUCAGGUCAUUGUGCUUACUCCAUUUGCAAUGCAUCGUGCCAGAUUGAAUUAAUCUGGGCAGAGUGUAAAGUCGUUCAAACUGAGGCCCUUGAGACCUGUGAACCAAACUCUGAAGCCUGUCCACCAACAGCUGCUCCCAAUGCAACAAGCCUAAUUCCUGCUACCACGUUGGUUCCUGUGAGCGACUGUCUUGGGCUCAUUCCUCCUAGAAAGUUCAAUGAAUCAUGGAACUUUGGAAACUGCCAGAUUGCCACUUGCCUGGGAGAAGAAAAUAAUAUUAAACUGUCCAGCAUCACUUGUCCUCCUCAGCAGCUGAAACUCUGUGUCAAUGGUUUCCCAUUCAUGAAACACCGUGAUGAAGCUGGUUGCUGUGAAGUCUUUGAGUGCCAGUGUAUUUGCAGUGGGUGGGGAAAUGAGCAUUAUGUGACUUUUGAUGGAACAUAUUAUCACUUCAAAGAAAACUGCACGUAUGUCCUCGUGGAGUUAAUUCAGCCCAGCUCUCAAAAGUUCUGGAUUCACAUAGAUAACUACUACUGUGGUGCCACCGAUGGAGCAAUUUGUUCAAUGUCCCUACUCAUUUUUCACUCCAAUUCUCUUGUUAUUCUGACACAAGCGAAGGAACAUGGAAAAGAAACAAACUUGGUUUUGUUUAAUGAUAAGAAAGUUGUUCCAGACAUCUCCAAGAAUGGAAUCAGGAUAACCAGUUCUGGCCUUUACAUUAUUGUUGAAAUACCUGAGUUAGAAGUUUAUGUCUCUUACAGUCGACUUGCAUUUUACAUAAAACUCCCUUUUGGAAAGUAUUAUAAUAAUACCAUGGGACUGUGUGGUACAUGUACCAACCAGAAGUCUGAUGAUGCUAGAAAGAGGAAUGGUGAAGUCAUUGAGUCCUUCAAAGAGAUGGCUUUGGAUUGGAAAGUCCCCGUUUCUACCAACAGAUACUGUAACCCAGGCAUCUCAGAACCAGCUAAGAUUGAAAAUUAUCAGCACUGUGAGCCUUCUGAGCUGUGUAAAGUCAUCUGGAACCUGACUGAGUGCCACCACGUGGUCCCCCCGCACCCCUACUAUGAGGCAUGUGUGGCCAGCAGGUGCUCACAGCAGCACCCCAGCACUGAGUGUCAGAGCAUGCAGACAUAUGCAGCCUUGUGUGGGCUCCACGGGGUCUGCGUGGACUGGAGGGGGCAGACGAGGGGGCAGUGCGAGGCCACCUGUGCUCGGGAUCAGGUCUACAAGCCAUGUGGGGAAGCAAAAAGAAACACUUGCUUCAGCAGAGAAGUUGUUAUGGACACCCUCCCCUCACAAAACAACACACCAGUGUUUGUUGAGGGAUGUUACUGCCCUGAUGGAAAUAUUCUGCUGAAUGAACAUGAUGGCAUCUGUGUUUCUGUCUGCGGUUGCACUGCACAAGAUGGAUCGGUGAAACAGCCUAGGGAGGCUUGGGAGCAUGACUGUCAAUACUGUACUUGUGAUGAAGAGACCUUCAAUAUCUCUUGCUUCCCCCGCCCUUGUGCUAAAUCCCCACCAAUCAACUGCACUAAAGAGGGCUUUGUACGUAAAAUAAAACCACGUCUGGAUGAUCCAUGCUGCACAGAGACAGUCUGUGAAUGUGAUAUAAAAACUUGCAUUAUCAACAAAACAGCGUGCGACUUAGGUUUCCAACCAGUGGUAGCUAUAUCUGAGGAUGGUUGUUGCCCUAUCUUCUCCUGUAUACCAAAAGGUGUAUGUGUUUCUGAAGGAGUUGAAUUUAAGCCUGGAGCAGUGGUGCCAAAAAGCUCUUGUGAAGACUGUGUGUGCACGGAUGAGCAGGAUGCUGUGACGCAAACCAACCGCAUCCAAUGCAUCCCAGUGAAAUGCCAAACCACCUGCCAGCAGGGUUUCCGCUACGUGGAAAAGGAAGGUCAGUGCUGCAGCCAGUGUCAGCAAGUGGCUUGUGUGGCAAACUUUCCAUUUGGCAGUGUGACCAUUGAGGUUGGAAAGAGUUAUAAAGCACCAUAUGAUAACUGUACUCAGUACACAUGCACCGAAUCAGGGGGCCAGUUCUCCUUGACUAGUACAGUAAAGGUCUGCCUACCAUUUGAAGAAUCAAACUGUGUCCCAGGGACUGUUGAUGUGACUUCAGAUGGCUGUUGCAAGACUUGUAUUGACUUGCCACAUAAAUGCAAACGCAGCAUGAAAGAGCAGUACAUUGUUCACAAGCACUGUAAGUCUGCUGCUCCAGUCCCAGUGCCCUUCUGCGAAGGGACAUGCAGUACCUACUCUGUGUAUUCCUUUGAGAACAAUGAAAUGGAACAUAAAUGCAUUUGCUGCCAUGAAAAAAAGAGUCACGUAGAGAAGGUGGAACUGGUUUGCUCUGAGCAUAAGACACUCAAAUUCACAUAUGUGCACGUGGAUGAAUGUGGAUGCGUGGAAACCAAGUGUCCAAAGAGGAGAACAUGAGCAUAAACUAAAGGAUACAUUUCAGCUCCUGUUUCACGCUUCUCUAGCAAGUGGGUAGUUUAGAAAACAGCUGUGAGUAACCUUCAAGCAAUGGUACUUCUCUCCUGUGCCUUUUCUUUCUGAUAUUAUAUGCAGUUAUGGAAAUUAGCUGAAGAUUUUGCUCUAAAUGUCUGUGGAAUAAACUGCAUUUCAAAGGGAACUCAUUCUCUUGUUUCAGUGAUGCUGCUAAAGGGGCAAGGUAGCUAAUGGCUUUAAUCUCAUAGUGCUGUAUAAACCAAGGUUAUCACAAGGCACUACAAAGAAAGCUCCUGCCUUUCAAAAGUCCUGCCUGAAGAAAGUGGACAUUACAAAAUCAUGAUGAGAUGCUUCAACUGAUUUUCCUCAGAAGGGGAACAUUAAUUAUUUCCACAAGGUGGUUCAGUUGGAGAUGCAGGUCUCAGUGCAGGGGCACAUUGGUGAUCUGCUCCCCCAUGGUCCUGGGCCUACUUUGGCAACAAAGUCAAGGUCACUGCAGAAAAGCAAGGUGCCUUUUAACUUCUACACAGCAAAUACUACACCAGGAGUGUAAAAACAUGCUUUAAGUGUACACUACAAUAUUAAUACAUUCACGUCCUCUCGCUGUUUUUUCAUCAUUAGCUAACAUCAAAGUUCAAGCUGUGCGUCUGGUGUGAGAGGCCAAUGUUCUGAUCCACUGCUCCUUGCACAACUAUGAUUAGUGUUAUGAGCAAUUUACUCCCAGAUAGCACGUUCCAUGAGACAGGGUGUUUGUGACAGUAUUUUAUCUAGACAGGGGUCAAAAUAGCUCAGCAAUACCUUCAGAGCGUGCAGGUAAGGCAGAUGUUUCAGUUGCUUGAGCAAUUUGGGCUUUUUGUGACCUGAAAGGGGACUAAGAACUGGGACUUAAGAGCACACUGACCUACAACCUCCUGAGCAGGGGUUUGGGAGCUGUUUUGGAGGGCAUAGUUUUGAACUAACACAGCAGCUAACAAGUGCACUAACUCUUAGUUUACCAUUUUAAAAUGCUGCAGCUACUGAGCUCCAAGUAAUUUCUUAUUUAAUUCUUUUUCAUAAUAAAUCAUUGUAAUCGAUGUCAGGUUAUUUUCAAGUAUGCUGUCUCAUCAUGGUGUAACCGAUCUUAAAGCUACUGGAAUUCUUGACUUUGAAUAGGUGUAGGAAUUGAAUGAUAUAAUUUUUUCUUCAUCCCUAUGUCAUAGGUCCAUGUUUAUUUGAUCGUUACAGUGAUGCAACAGAGCAGCCCACAUUGUUUCUGUGGGAUUCAGCACAGCUGGUUUUAAAUAACUAGUUCACCAUCCUCCUUCUGGAAUGAUUUCUCUCCUCCUGAGAAUGGUGUGUUAGAAGCCUUAGGGAAAGCACUCAUUUUGCAGCACUGAGAGCCACUGUAGCUGAGCGAGACAGCUGAAGUCAGAGGAGGUCUAUUUCAUUCUUUGUCAUUAUUUUGUUUCUUUAAAAACAGUGAAAGAUAGGCUGGGUGUUCCUAGUAAUAGCAGUGGGAACAGUUGAUUGCAAUGGGAAUAACACAGUGCAGGCAUUUUUGGUAAACAUCAGCAAAAAAAUUCAGCAAGAUGUUUGUGCUGGUAACAAAUUGCAAGUAAACCUUCCAUUCCCAACUUCUGUCGUAGUCAAUGGACCAGCUUCGGUGUAAAUGAUAGAAAUCCUCAAAUAAUUCAGAUAAACAUCAGUGCAAUGCAACUCCCUUGGAAGGCAUGUGUUGCACUUGCUUGCAACACAUAAUUUGCACAUUAUAAAUUGCACAUUAGCCCAGAUAAUGUUUUUACUGAUACAAAUCAAGCACAGGCCUGCUUUUGCAAUGCAAAGAACAUCAGCAAGGAAGAGGAACGUUCCUUCCUUUCCAUCUUUUCCUAGGGGGGAAGAAAUCAUCCUUGAGUGUUUUUUUGUCAUCAGAAGACUAAACAGACUUGAAAGUAUUCAGAUACAAACUCAUUUAAGCCCUGGAAAUCAAUCAUUCUCAAUAGGUCUGCUCAGCUAGAAUAUUAGUGGAAACCCUUUCAAUUUCUGCUUUAUCUUCAGAUGGGAGAAGGACAUGAAACACAAAAAAAUCUUAUCAGACGCACUUAGAAGUCCGUUCUCCUGUGUAUUUUACUGUGCUGAGGCUUUAUCCAAAAACUGAGAAUGCCAUUAACUAAAAGGCUUUUUUUCCUGUUCAUUUUUUUGACAUGCAUUUUGCUUUUUAGACAAGUGAAAGGCAAGUGAAAUUAUUUUAACUUAGAGCUAGAACAGCUUAUUCCCAUCUGCUGUGCGCUUUCAAACAGAGGAACAUGUGCAACCCUUCUCCCUUCAAACCAUCCUUGGUACUUCACUUAGUCAGUCUGGCAUUUACCUGGCCUGUGCUGUGCUGUCUACAGCACCAGUGGCCAGGAUCCUCUGUUUGCAGAUGUAGAGUCCUAGUUGGAUAAGAUGUAGGCAACAAGGUGAAGUCAAUUUAACAAAAACUUUCAGGUUCCUCAGCUCAGAGACAGUCAAUGGGCCAAACGCCCUCCCUUGCCCCACAUGCAUGAAAAUAUAGGGACAAAAAUCUGCCUGAAAGCCCCACUUGGCCUGUGGGGUAUGACCAAGUUUACCAAGAUACUACUACAGCCAGCUCUGCCAGGAAAAAACUGUGCAGCUAUUUCUCAUAUGUGCAUGCUCAACCACUCAUUUGUAGCCUCGGAGAACCUCUUCCAGUCUGCAAGUCAGACAUUCUCCAGCAUAAUGCAAUAAAUAUCAGUGGCGUUGCUCCAAGUACUGUUUCUUCAGUUCUGUGUGGAUUCUUUGCAUUGGCAUCCACUUUACUAGGGUAGACUCAGGAGAACUACCUUCGGAUGAGCCAGUCAAACCAGGGCUCAGCUGGUUUUAGCUCGUAGCUGUUCUUAUUAUGAGAGGAUGGUACUACUCCCACUUGCUGGGAGGUUCUGAGAAAAAAAAUACCAGGAAGUAUACUGUCCCCAUAUUACUAAAAUAAAUAUUUGCCAGAGAUACUGCCUUGUGUCAGCUGAGCAAGUCCAAAGACACAUUAUCAUGUCACUGAUGUGAACUGUGCUAGAUUACCAUUACAAUGUGAACUCUGAUUUGCCUACUGGUUAGGUGGUUUGGAAAACUGAAUUCCUGUUUUUACAUAGUUUAGCUAAUUUUUUUGUUUGUGUUUUGUUAACAAUUCUUGGAAUUUGCAAAGAGGAUGAGAAAACUAAUUGUCUGCUCUGAAUAUUUAUUUGAGUAGAGGCACUGUUCUUUUACAGACUUUUCUAUUGAGUGACUCCCCUGCCUGUAGAAUCAGACCACUAGUUUUAUCUACAGUGUGCUGUAUCAAUAUCAAUCUAUUCUAGUAUCUGUAAUCUUGGGUUGAAAACAAAGACCACGAACUGUACAUGCUUUCUAAUGCAGAAAGGAUUGUUUAAAAGGAUGCUGCAACUAUUUUCUUUCAAUGCAAUAGCUUAACAAUUAGAAUGAGAAAUUUGUACUGUAAAUAUGAAAAAAAUUGUCUAAGUAUGACUUGGGAAAGUAACCUGAUUAGUAACAAACUAGAAAAAGAAGUGGCAUGGCAAGUUCAGUGGAUCAUCUUGCAAGUAAGGGGCAACCAAGCAUUGGGCAAGACUUGUGUCUGACUCUUCUACUGAAUUCUUUGCUCAAGUGCGUGCUCUUGGCCUUGUUUUUAUUUUCUUUCUGAUCCCAGAUAAGGAUGAAGGUAAUGGGCCCUCUUUUAUGCAACUGUAACACUUCAGUUUAUAAACUUUUUGCACUGGUAUAUACCAUUUCAUUUGUGAAUCUGAAGGUGCCUCACUUGUUUCUGUCAGGCAUCCCAAACAUGGUCUAUAAGAAAGAAGUGUGACAAUUUUCCAAACACACCAAAACAAAGGUAUCACUUGUGAAAAUCUUUCUUUUUACACUUCAGAAGAUCUGAUUAUAUAAUAUCUUCAGGGCAACAAUGAGUUUUAAGUAUCAGUUUACCCUGUACAAGGCCAUUCUCACAUCAGUUUAAUUCUUUGACAGCAUCAGUUCCUCUCUUAGUAAAGCAACACCCUCAGAUGUGUGCCCAGUGAAUUGGCUUUGUGUCAAAAGUGGAUUAGAUCAGGAAGCUGCAAAGUUUUAGUUUCUUAUGCACUUUAUGUUUCCCUAGCUAUGAAGACAAACUUUUCAUCUCUAGGAUACUGGCUUUAAUUAAUUAAUUAAUUUGAGGGACUUUGUCUGGUGGCAUCCUAUAAAUCUAGGUUUAGUGUUCUGUUUAUAGAUAGCCCCACUUCACCCAAGCUUGCUUUCUGUGAAGGACUGUUUUAAAAAUAAUCUGGUUGGGAAGGAAAUUAUUUAACUGUGAUCCUCCAGAGGAACAAAUCCAGUGAAGUUCCCUACUGAUAUGACUGGGUAGAAGUAAGACAGGAUAGCUAGACUGUAGUUCAUCUCAUCUACCUUCAGGCAAAAUAAAUAUGCAUCUGAGACACUGUAAACUUUCAGUGUAGUUACUGACAAUUAAUAUGCACUUCUCCUAUGAGCUCAGCUGUCUCCUGGAAGUGCUCUCACCUAGCUCUUGUCUUCAUACGCAGUCUAAGAUAAGUAUAGCUCUACACUGUCUGAAUCCUUAAAAGCAAUGUAAGAAGCUGAUGCAUAUAUACAUCAACAUAUACAUUUCUAUUGAGAAGCGCCUCAGAAAUUUACCUCAAAUUCUUACAACUGUGUGCCCUACCUUGAAUAUCACAACCAUCCUCAGGACAUUUAGUGAAUGAUUCUUUCACCCAUAUGUCCAACAAGAAUGAUACCGAGAACAGUAUCAUCAUAUUCAGUACAUUCUUUCAGGUGGGCUUCAUCUCACUUACCUUUGAUGUUUGUAGCGGUCAUGUAAAUUUUUUUGUGUGUGCUUUAUUUUAAUGUAGUUUGUAGUAAUUGUCCUUAUUCUCACCCAUGCUAUAGAGAGAGUCAUAUUUUGAAUGACCUCAGUAUCUCUUAGCAUCACUUCUGCAAAUCAAAAGGAGAUUAAAAUUGGGAUAACUUGACAGCCAAGGAGUUUGUUGCCAUUUCUAUGUGUUUUAUAUGUCAGUUACAUUUGGCUUGAAUUUCCAAAGAUCACUGAGGAAAUGUUCACGCUCUGAAAUGUCUUUCUUCUGUGUCAGCACCUCUCCCUACCCUGCUUUUCAAAGAUAGUUGUGAGGCAAGUCCCUUGCCACUCCUUUACAGCUUCUUGUCCUCAUACCUUUGUGUAUCCAGACAUUUUUCUGUACUGAUCAAUCCAUUUCCUGCUAUACCAUAAAAUUCUGGCUUAAAACCAGAGUUUAAUCUGACCCUUGGGGAGCAUUGUUCUACAAACAAAAGGUUACUGCAGUGCCAUGUAGCCAUGCCAGCAAAUCAUUGCUCUGUGCUGCUACUUAACUGCAUGGAAUUGGCUUUUCCCCUAGAUCUGUUUCUCUUCACUUCCCCAAGUGCCCCAUCUUACUUCUAGGUCUCCAAGUUCCACUUCUUAUUUUCUAUGUUCUCUAGCUUUCUAACAUACGGCCAUUUUAGGCUUAGGCAUGGAAAAGAUUUUCUGGGAACAUGGUAUAAGUGUAAAUUCAUUUUUUUCUUACUGUUACGCAGGAAAGUUUUCAGGAGCUGCUACAUUCAUCAUGCCCUUCCUAUAUAAAUAGGCUUGGGAAACCCUUCAAAAAAUUGUUAUAGUCUGUUACACUCACUCUGUAUGAUGAAGUGCACAUCUAGAGGCCGUUUGCUGAGAACCAGGUCUGCUCUGUCCCAUCACUGUGGGUGUUGUUUUCCAGUGUUAAGUGAACAUGGUUGGACAUCUGCACACUUCCAGCAACAAGUAGUUAAUUUGGUGACAUUUUCAUAAUCCGUGUUGUUCUGCUCAUGCUGUAUUGUAAUAAUGAUCCUUUAAGCCUUCCUAAAAUGAAAAGCAGUUUCAGGCACAUUCUCACCCUACAUGCACACUUGUAUAAUUGGAUAAUUAGGUAUUCAAUUACUGGUCGUACAAAGAUUUCUGGCAGAAAUAGGAGCUAUGCCUACUAGUUCACCUUUUCCUCCUUCAAAAUCAAUGAGUGGAAAAACAUCUGAGAAAAAAAUGAAAAAAAAAAAUUUCCCAGCACUCUCAUAUUUUGCUUUCAGAGCAGUGCAUGAGAGAAUGCUCAACUUCCUGUCAUUUUUAUUAAUAACGAAUUAAGUGGCUUGCAAUUGAUGGUGAUUUUUCACUUCAGAGUAAGGCUCAGUGAAAGUAGGUUCUUUGCAUCCCAGAUAUGAGUAUCGUAGGGUCGUAUAACAACAGGAUGUCCCAAGUUGGAAAGGACCCUCAAGCACCUUUGAGUCUAACUGCUGGCUCCACACAGGACCAUGAAAAAUUCAAACUCUAGGUCUAGAGCAGUGUCCAAAUGUCCUUGAACUCCAGCAGCUCAUGGCCAUGCCAUGCACUGCCCUAGGGAGCCUUUUUCAUGCCACUGGCUCUCUGGUGCAGAACAUUUUUCUAACCCCUACCUGACACUCCCCUGCCCCCUCCUUGCUGUUCCCUUGGGUCCUGUCACCAGAGCAGAGAUCAGUGCUAAUGCCACAUAGAUCAACCUAGUGCAUAUCAUCACACUUGACAGCAAAAUUGUUCUACAAAAAUCCUAAAGAAAUAAGUCAAUAUUUUGUUUGAUGAAUACAUACAUCACUGUGAAAGAGACUGGGAGUUCCACAGGAUGCUUACAUCUCACUGGUACUGAAUCACUUUAAAUUCUCCUUCCCAAUAUCUUCAGGAUGUUUCUGUUCCUAGCUUCUAGUGUAUAAAUCUGGGAUAACUUAGGAUUAUUAUUUUUUAAUUAUUAUUGUAUUACAGGAUUAAAAGUGAGCUACGUUUUCAGUUUUUCAUUUCCCUCAUAGGGCAGGCUACUUUACACCAGAAAGAUUCUCCUAACAAAACAAUAAGUAAAAAAGUUUUCAUUACUAUCAGCAAAGACAAAUUUUUUGUACACGGCGCAAGUAAACCACUGCAGGCUACAACUAUGUGAACAAAAUAGUCUGUCAGUAAUGCGUGCAAAAGAUUAUUAGUAAUUAAGAACCGUUUCUCCUUGUUCCCACAGUGAAAACAACAGAGUGAACACUGAAAUAUGUAAUCUUUGUUGUAAAUGGAUCCUAACUGGACUAGCAAGUCGUGCUUCAGCUGCACAGGUUGCCUUGAAGGAAAUACAAAUUCAUUAUGUGUUCAGUUCACAUCAUGAGAGAUAGAGUGGCUCAGGACAAUCCUUAGAGUGAAAUUAAUGCUUGCACCAGCCGGAUCGCAGAGUGAGAAAAGCCCUCUCUCUCUCUGAGUCUGGCAUUUGGUAUGAGCUGACAUGGAAAGCAGUGUGGUGAUGUGACAAACAUAGUGUGACAGCAUCCCCAGCUACCCAAUUUGCUGAAGUGGAAUGUUUUUAAAGCAAA